CGCUAGGGAUACGUUGUGUCUAUUGUGGUCAAACAAAGUGCAAAUUCUCAAAAUUAAUAAUUAUUGGCUUUUGCAAAAAAGUGGUGCCGUUUUACCGGCUUAAAAUUCGCGCUUUUUGGUAAUUUUAUUUUAAUAAGCACACAAAAUUGUUCAAAAUAGAAGCGUAAAUAUCUUAAUAUUUGUAAUAAAAUCGAUAUCGGAUAUAAAAAAGUUUCCAGUCAACAUUGCACAAGCGCAUCCAUAUAAUCAAUACAGCCUCAGUUUAUCCCGGCCAUCCAUAAGGACAUCUGUGUAGAUUUGUAUCUGCAAACAAUUAUGGCGUCAAACUCUACAAAAUUUGUGAAACUCUGUGAACUCUGCUUCACCAGCAUUGAUGAUCAAUUCUUCACAAAGUGCAAAAACCCUCACUGCACCACCCCUUACUUCCACGAUGGCUGCAUACGAAUGCCAUUGUCACUUGAAAAGAAUACAAACUGGACUUGCCCUAGGUGCAUAUUUCAAAUAGAAACUGGACAUGUCGCACAUGUUGAAAUUCCUAUUGAGGGGCCAGAAAGGUCUUAUGAAGUAAGUUAUGAAAGAUCUACGAUUGAGCCAGACGUUGCUGAAAACUUUCCAGCGAUAGUGCAAGCCGAAAAUGGCGAUGAUAGUGAAGCAGGCUCAAAGCCUCUGUCGCAUUUUAAUGAACUUACGGAUGAAAUAUGUGCACUUCGUGUGCAACUCGCUGGACUGCACGAGCGUUUCGAAUGUUUGGAUACUAAUUUGACCUACACGAUCACUAAUCUGGAUGAAGUAUUUGAUCCUGUAGCGCCUCCAGAAAUUCACGCGAGGCAAAUGGAAUCUUAUCAAGUGCAAAUUAUUUCCCUCAAAAAUCAAAUGGCGCUGUUCAAAGAAAGUCUCAAAAAUCAAAUUGAGCUAGUGGGAAUUCCAGAGAGAGAAGAUGAGGAUCUGUUUGCCAUAGUGGGGCUAGCUGCCCAAAAAAUCGGGGUACGAUUCUAUGAAAACGACCUCGACUGGGCAGCUCGAAUGGGUCCCCGGAUUCUGUCAGAGUCCGUAAACAAUCUGUGCCGCCCGUUGGUGGUACGAUUUGUGCAGAAAUUCAAGCGCGAUCAAUUCCUGCGCGCAGCGAAGGUCACACGCAGUCUGAUGACCAGCGAUUUGAACGUCGACUGUGCUCCACGUCGCGUGUACAUCAACGAGCGCUUGAGUCGCGAGGUUCGUUGCUUGUUCCACGAGGCUCGGUUUCGCGCUAAGCAGAACGGGUUCAAGUUCUGCUGGAUUCACAACAACAGCGUCUUCGUGCGCAAGAGCGAGGGACAUCCCGCCGUACGCCUCCUCUGCCAGAACGACCUCAACACCAAGCUCGGGGAUGACCUCACUCCCGAGCGUGAUACCACCGGCAAUGAGCCCGGAACAGCCUAAAUCCUAAAUAUUGUCCACACAAUAUACUGAUCUCAACAUAUUAUUUAAUCAACUAUAACCUAUAAAGUUAUCUUGAGAGCUUUCCAAACUUUUUAGGAGUUUACUUGUUUUAUUCUACUUACUGUGGUUAUUUACAAUUUAUAUUUUUAUAGUAUUUACU